AUGCCCAGUACUAUUGACUUGGCCAGACCGGGGCGCCCAGUCGACUUGGUUGUGUGCACACACCUUGAUGGCCUGUCACAAACACCUCUAGAACUGGAACGCGACAUUCAAACGCGAAAGGAUCAGAUAUCUCGUGUCUUUGGGAUCGAUAAUUCGAAUAUUGUCAUGGCUACUCCAGUUUGGGGUGCCACGAUCUAUUUCAAUGGAAUGGUUCUAGAUUUAUCCGUAUUUUCAAGUGCAUUAAUGCUGCUUGUGGCAACGAGAGGAUCUAUAAACGGUCACCUCCUGACGAGGUCAAGCAGGACUUCAAA